AAGAACAACAAUGCCCCCGCGGCCUAUUUCGCAACUCACGACCUGUAGGCUUGCCACCAGCGAUGAAAUUCUCGGCUUUGCGGUGCGGCCAAGACAGCCUGUUGCCGCAGACUCCAUAAUUGAAUGGGAGUCUGUGAUAGCUGUGUCUCAAGAUCUCAGACCGCUCGUCGGAGCGGGCAGGCGAGCGGAAUUCUUCCUAGGCGUUGCGGUGGACGGGCCGGUGGCGGGGCCGGGGCUGCCGCCUUUGUUUACUGGCGAAUAUGAUACACUGAGGGCGCCGGUUUGGGACUCUUGGAGCUCCUCCUUGUAUUUCAAGUACCAUAGCGCGGUGCUUCGGCUGGUGGGCAGUGAGGCGCGGCAUGUGGCAGGCCGAAUCCGGGGCCAAGUCCGCCCGGGCGAAUCCCACUUUGAAGACACACGCGGCCUCCUGGUGUCCGACGGCUUUGGCAGUCUCUAUUGCAGCAAUCGCGCAGAAAUACACCGGAUCCAGCUGCCAGAGUCUUGGCGGGCAGGCGACAGCUGGCAGCGGACGCCGGCAGGCGUGGGCGAGGCGGACGAGGCAGCUGCUGCAGCAGAUGGCGGCGUCGUAUCAAGCAGGCUUCAAUUCACGGCGCCAGAUCACAUCUGCGGCAUGGUGUUCGUGCCGCCCCACCUGGCAGCCGUCCUGCAGGCGGGAGGCGGCGGUGCCGGGCAGCAGGGCGGAAGCGGUCAGGGCCUACAGGGCCGCCGUGCUGCAAACCAGGGCUGCCUGGUCUUCUGCACGCCGUUGGCCGUGUACCGCCUACCGCUGCCGGCCGCUGGUCCCUCCUCCCGAGCGCACCAUGCACAACGGCGACAGCCGUCGCAGCCGCAGCUCCAGGCGCAGCUGCUGGCCGGGGUAGAAUGGGCCAGGGGUCGCACGGAUGGGCCGCCGACAGUCGCGCGCUUUAAUAACAUCCGCGGCCUAGCAGUGGACGCGGAGGCCAACCUAUAUGUCACCGAUGAGUGUGAUGACGACACGGAUUGCGUGCGCCGCGUCUCCUUCGCCGACGGAACUGUAACCACGCUGGUCACCGAGCUACCCGGCCCCUUCUGGUGGCCCACGGUUCUUCCGAACGGCUACCUGGCGGUUAGCUCCCACGAGGACGGGCUCCUGAUCGAUCUGGGGCUACAGCCCCUCCUGCCGCCGUGGCCGCCGGUGGUGGAGGCGGCGGCGGGUCCGCCGCCGCGCAGCCUGCCCGGCGACCUGGGUGCGCUGCUGGAGGAUGCGCAGCAGCCCGGGGGCGGCCUCAUGUCAGACCUCGUUGUCCGUGUGGGCGAGCGCCGCUUCCCCUGCCACCGCCUAAUCCUGGCCGCGCGCUGCGACUACUUCAAGCACCGCCUGCUGGCGCCCGACGCUGGCGGCGGCGGCGGCGACAGCGGCGGCGGCAGCGGCAGCGGUUGCGGCAGCAGUUGCGGCGGCUUUGUCGACGCGCGCGAGGCAGAGGUGGAGCUGCCGGACGCGGACGCGGACGUCUUCGCGCUGCUGCUGCGCUGGCUGUACACGGGUGCUGCCGACAUCCCGCCUCAGCAAGCGCGCGCGCUGGCAGUGCUCGCGGACCGGCUGCUCCUCCACGACCUGUGCGCCGCCUCGCAGGCUGUGGUGGCGAGCUCGGUGUCCGCCGCCACUGCUGUGGACUGCCUGCUGUGGGCGGCGGGCGCUGCCGAGGCGCGCGGCGGCGCCGACGGCUGCUUUGGCUGGCUGCUGGAGGAGCUGAAGGGCUGGUACGUGGAGCACCACGAGGAGGUGAAGGCGGAGGCGGACGAGAGCCGGGAGCGACUGGCGAUCGAGGCGCCGCUACUGGCGCUGCGGCUGGCGGAUGCGGUGUUGGAGCGGGUGGGCUGGGAGCGGUCGGCGGCUGCUGCGGACCGCAAGCGGCGGCGCGCGUAGAUGCCGCACAGGAGAUAGGGCCGUGAGGUAGGGCUGCAAGUGCUUGAUCAGUACGGCACGGGUGUGGGUCUCGGCGGGUGUGCACCCGCAUGCCGCCGCAUUCCCCAACCGGCUGGCAGGUGGGGCUGGGCACGGCAGGGCUUUGUCCGGCUGUAUGUGUGAUGAAACGGGUUGCGCAGGAUGCGGCAUAUGCUGGAAUGGCGUAUAAAGAGUUGUAAUAGAGUGGAAUGGCGCAGCAGGAGUGUGUGGGUUUUACUCGCGCAGGCUGUAUGUAGCUUACUUGGCACCAGACGUGGGAUAUAGAGAGAUUUACCGCAGCGAUGUGCGUGCAGUAUACUUGAAGGGUGCCUGGGUGCUUUGAACUUGAAGCGAACAGAAGCAAUGAGCAUGAGAUGAGAGCACAGUGGGGCUUGAUGCAAUGCGCGAUGAGAGGCGGGGCUAGGAGCACGAGCACGAGGCUGUGUGACUGUCGCCUUGCGCCUGUGCCCGGCGCAGUACAGUAUUGCCGUACCGGAUGGAUGCUGUCUGGUGCGCUUGGGAGAGACUGCUGCCAAACGAGAGGCGACAUGUUGGUGGUGGCGCGCGCAGCUGCUUGAUUGCGCAGCAGGACGCAGUCAUGUAGCAACCAUGCAAUGGAGGGAUGAUGCGGGAAUAAAUACAGCGGCACGCCCAUUGGGUGGAGACCGAUGCAUGGCUGAGCUGCGGGUAUAUGUGCGGAGUAGAGGCCUGGUGAAGGUGAAGCAUUGUGUCGCAACAGUCAGGCUGCUUGGCUCAGCUUGGUUUGGCACAUGUUUGGGACUUUCGAGGUGGUAGCCUGGCAGGAUGAGGACACGGAUUGGACUCAACACACAUGCUCGUGUGCCGGUGAUGUUACUGUUGUCAC